UCAGAGAAGCUGUAGAACAGUAGCAAGGAUGCAGAAAACAGAGAGAUUAUCAUGGUGGGGAAAGCCAUCUGCAGACAUGCUGAUCUCACCCCAAAUCGUUUUUUUGUUCAUGGUCUUUAGUCAGUCCAUUCUGGGGAUUUUGGGGAAUGGCUUUCUUGGGCUCAUCAAUUGCAUCCACUGGAUCAAGACGAGCAAGAUUUCCUUACCUGACUUCAUCAUUAUGAUUCUAGCCUUCUCCAGGAUCUUCCUGCAAUGUGUGGUCAUUUUUGAUGCCACUACCUUGGUGUUCUAUCUGGAUUUUUAUUAUGGAGAGACAUUAAUUGAAAUUUGUGAAACUAGCUGGGCUCUUAGUAACUUUUUAAGUGUCUGGCUGUCCAUCUGCCUUGAUGUCCUCUACUGCCUGAAGAUUGCCAUUUUCUCCCAUCCUGCCUUCCUCUGGCUUAAGACGAGGAUCUCCCAGGUGGUUGUCUGCAUUCUGCUGGGCUGUGGGCUCUUCUUUUGCUUCAAUACAGCGUUGCUGAUCCGAACAUUCACUAUAUAUUCUGGCAUCCUAAAAAUGAGACUUAUUGCAAACUACACUGAAAAUGUCAGAAGAAAGAAAAGAGAAUUUUUUGUCUCCCACCUUCUUGGUCUUCUGUGGGCACUGAUACCGUUCAUUAUAUCCCUGUUCUCCUGUCUCUUAGUCAUCCUGUCCUUGAGGAGGCAUACCAGGAUGAUGCGGCACCAGGUCACUGCUCCCAGAGAUGUGAGCACGAAGCAUGUGAGAGCCAUCAUGGUAAUGGUUUCCUUCCUCUUACUCUUUGUCUUUCAUUUUGUCUUUAUCUUCAUUGGAACAGCAAGCAUUUUCCUGCCAGAUACCAAAGUGAUAAUAAUGAUUGUAUUGUUGACUGCCCCCCUCUUUGCCUCUGUGCACACAUUUAUCUUCAUUCUGCAAAACAAAAACCUGAAGCAGGCAUUCCUGAGGCUGCUGUGGUUGAAGAAGGGCUGCAUGAAAGGUGCGAUCAGAGGAUGCUUUACUCAUUAG